CAACUUGCUAUUGGAAAGGAAACUGGUCGAAGACUUGGAAUGGGAACAAACAUGUACCCGUCUUCGGCUCUUCUCGGUAAUCACAAGGACCCAGCACUUGCAAACAUUCCUGUUGAGGACUUGAUCGAACAGGCUGAUGGUUUUGCUGGAGUCUUCCCAGAGCACAAAUACGAGAUCGUGAAGAAGUUGCAAGAGAGGAAGCAUAUUGUUGGAAUGACUGGUGAUGGUGUCAACGAUGCUCCUGCUUUGAAGAAAGCUGAUAUUGGUAUCGCUGUCGAUGAUGCUACGGACGCUGCUCGGGGUGCUUCAGAUAUCGUUCUCACUGAGCCUGGACUCAGCGUUAUCAUCAGUGCUGUCCUCACCAGCAGAGCUAUUUUCCAGAGAAUGAAAAACUAUACUAUAUACGCAGUCUCAAUCACAAUCCGUAUCGUUCUCGGUUUCAUGCUUAUUGCUUUGAUAUGGAAGUUUGACUUCUCAGCAUUUAUGGUUCUGAUCAUUGCCAUUCUUAACGAUGGUACCAUUAUGACAAUUUCAAAGGACAGAGUGACGCCAUCUCCCACACCUGAUAGCUGGAAACUUAGAGAAAUUUUUGCUACUGGAGUUGUGCUUGGAAGCUACCUAGCCAUCAUGACUGUUGUUUUCUUCUGGUUGGCAAACGAGACCGACUUUUUCUCGGACAAGUUUGGUGUGAGGUCCAUUAGGGGUAAUGAGCACGAGCUAAUGAGUGCAGUGUAUCUACAAGUUAGUAUCAUUAGUCAAGCUCUAAUCUUCGUCACGAGAUCAAGGAGUUGGUCCUUUGUCGAACGUCCUGGAGCGUUGCUGAUGAUUGCUUUCCUCAUUGCACAACUGGUUGCCACUGUGAUUGCGGUCUAUGCCAACUGGGAGUUCGCAGAGGUUAAAGGUAUUGGAUGGGGAUGGGCUGGAGUGAUCUGGCUAUACAGUAUUAUAACAUACUUCCCACUGGACCUUCUCAAGUUUGCCAUUCGCUACACCCUGUCUGGAAAGGCUUGGCUCAACAUGACUGAGAACAGGAUUGCUUUAACGACCAAGAAAGAUUUCGGAAAAGAAGAGAGGGAGGCUCAAUGGGCAGUUGCUCAGAGGACACUUCACGGUCUACAGCCAAAAGAACCUGUUCGCAUCAUUCCUGAGCAAGGAACUUACAGAGAAUUGUCUGAGAUUGCAGAGCAAGCCAAGAGAAGAGCUGAGAUCGCUCGGCUUAGAGAGCUGCACACACUCAAGGGACAUGUGGAAUCAGUAGCAAAACUAAAGGGGUUGGACAUUGAAACUCCAGGACACUACACUGUCUAGUCACGAAAAGAAGAACAAACCAAACCAAACAUAUGAUUGAUCUUUUUCCGUUGUUGUUUUCUAGUAUUUUUUUUUUUCCCUUUUCUUCACGACCGCUUGAGGUUAUUGUGAAAGAACUUGCUAUGUUUAGCAAGAGAAGUCUAUUAAAUUCAAGUCUGCAAGAGAAUAAAUUCUUGAACCCGCCA